AUGCAUAAUCCUUUUUUAGAGACAAAGGCCGACACAUCAUUUGACGACGACUUUGAUAUCAUGAGCAGCCCUGAUGAGAGUGAGUCGUCGGACACCGGUUCAUUGUCUGUCAGUGAUCGUGAAGCGUUGUUAUGGUUCACAGCAGCUAAGGCUGAUGACGAAACUACGAUGAUGGAUAUUUUCAAUAGAAGGCCGGAGCUACUCAAUAGUACCGAUCAGCAUCUCGGUAUGACUGCCCUACACUGGGCGAUUGAUUCUGGUUGUGACCGAGUGGUGCAAUUUUUGAUCUCAAAGGGAGUCGACGUUAAUGCGGUGGAUCCGGAAGGGAAUACGCCUCUGCAUUUUGCGGCGUAUUGUCAUCGUCAAGCCGCAGCUGAACUUCUAAUAUCCAAGGGAGCUGAUCGAAUGGUGCGCAACAGUGAUGGCCAGACGGCUGCUGAAGCAUGUGAUGAGCCAACACUGCAAGCAAUACUGAUGCCACCGUUGUUAUGA